AUGUCCAGCCCUGCUGAUACCAAAAACCCCCAAGAAGCCAAGCCCAAACCUUGCUGCGUAUGCAAGCCUGAGAAGGAAGCUAGAGAUACUUGCCUGCUCUUCAACGGUCAAGACUCGGGUAAAUGUGAUGAGCUCAUUGCCAAGUACAAGAAGUGCAUGGAGGGAUACGGAUUUUCAACAUAA